AUGACGGGAAUUCCUCCGAAUAUGUUUUCAUAUUGUGAAAAUUUGAAAUACAUAAACAUUUCUUCAAACUUGACGUCAAUAGGUGCUGGCGCUUUCCUUGGCUGUAUUUCACUUAAAUCAAUAACACUUCCUAAAACAUUGACAGAACUAGGUGAUGGAGCCUUCUCUAAUACUGGUGAAAUUAACAUCACUUCAUUGAGUCCUGCUUUUUAUUCAGAAAACUUCCUAACAUACAAAAACAAUAAAGAAACAUUGAUUUUAUAUACGGGCUCAAAUACAAACAAUGAUAUUUCUAUUAUAAGUGAUUAUAAAAGUGUGAGUGAUCUUACAUUUUACAACAAAAAACUUAGAGAUGUUACUUUCCUGAGUGAAGAUGCCGAAAUCAGCAUCACUAUCGGAAAACAGGCUUUUAAAUCUUCAACUAUAAGAUCAAUUGUUUUUCCACCAGGACUAAUAUCUAUCGGAGAGAAUGCCUUUGAUGAUUGUGGAUCUCUGAAAAAUGUCAUUUUCAAAGGAAACAAAAUAAAAUUCAUUCCAAACUAUUGUUUCAAAAACAACCAAAAUCUUGAACACAUCACCCUUCCUUCAUCUAUUGAAAGUAUUGGAGAAUAUGCCUUUGCGAACUGUCCACGCAUUGGCGAUAUCGGCAUCGGUAGUAUGACCAGUCUAAUUUCAGUUGGUGCCUAUGCAUUCUACUACAGUGGUCUCACCUCAGCAAUUCUUGCAAACAGUGGCUGCACAGUUGACAUCAAGUGUUUCAUGGGCACAUCAAUCAGGGAACUCACAAUUAGUUCUUCUAUUCCUCAGCAGCUCUGUCAGUACUGUGUAUCUCUGGAAACUCUCAUUCUAAAGCCCGGAGUCUCAGUGAUUGGUCAAUAUGCAUUCGAUGGGUGCACAUCUCUCCAAGGAUUCACAAUUCCUAAUACUCUUACAAAUAUUCAAGGUUUUGCAUUCCAGUCAUGCACAUCCCUUUCCACUGUAAACAUGGGUGGUGAUUGCAUACUAUCGCAGGUUGAUGGUGGCUGUUUCUACGAAUGUUUCAAACUCACUACAAUCACACUACCUCCAUCUGACAAAAGAUAUCGCUUUGAGAAUGGUGCACUCACUGACUACAAUCAAACAAAUCUCAUUGUUUUCCUUCCUUAUAGUGGAGUCAAGAACUUCAUUGUUCCAAUGACAAUGAGAACUAUUGGACGAUGCGCCUUCAUGGGCAGUCCAUCACUUAUCAGAGUUUUCUUCAACGGCAACAAUAUCCAGACAAUAGACUACAAAGCAUUCAAAGACUGUAAAAACCUCAAUUUCGUCUUCUUCUCAUCAUCCAGCAUCAAAACCAUAGGAGACCAGGCUUUUGAUGGCUGCUACCUUCUCCGCAAAUGCGGUUCAUUCUCCGCUCCAUCGAGUGCUCAGAAUGUCAUCAUGGAGCAAGGGAAGAUCCCUUCGAUUGCAUUCAAAGAUGAUUGUGGUUUAUCAUUUUCAUGCAAAUAUAUCCAUCGUGCUGAAAUUUCAGUCUCAUAUUUUUCUCCUUUCAUAUCUCUCUUUUUGAAAUAA